AUAUAUAUAUAUAUAUAGUUUUUGAUUGUGUUCAUAAUAUCUCACAAGAUACUCUCAAUUUGUUGUAAUAAGGAUGAAAACCAAGUUGUUUGUCUCUCUGUGCUUCUAUGCACUACUACUCAUAUUUCUUGUGGCAAUUAUGCCUUCCGAAGGUGCAAUCAGGAAUGGCAACAAAGGGAAAAACAAUGACGGGUGUGGUGAUGGAAUAGAGGGUCAUUGUGGAAAAGGGUAUGUCGACAAUUCAUGGAAGAUGGAGCGAAGUUGGAGCACAGGAUGGUGGGGUAGCGGUGCAAAAGGGGGUGACGAUGGAAAGGGUGGUAAAGGUGGAGAAGGAGGUGGUGGUGGAUACAAAUUACCCAUUCCCGGUGGUGGAAAAGGAGGACGUAAUGGAAAGUUAUAGAACUUUUCGAUGAUGAAUUGUAUUUUUCUUUUGUCUUUCAUUUUUGAGGGUUUUGGUUUGAUUGUCCCUCUUGUAUAUUUUUUCCCUUUUUAAUAAUUGAUUUUUUUUUAAGUAUGCGA